GUUAGAUUAAAUCCGAGGCUGAUCGUCUGAUCCCCUUCCACGCACCCAUUCUCUCUCUCCCAUUUUAAACACUGCCUUGGGAUCAGGCACCCAAAACCCUUUCCUCGCCACAUUCAGCUAAACAACAGACCACUCUUCUUUCCCAGAGAACCCCCAAUUUCCUUAUCCCGUUCGAUCAUCACUGAAUUUUAGGGUUCUUGAAAUGAACAUCUUCAAGAAGAAAACUUCACCCAAAGAUGCGCUACGAACCAGCAGAAGGGAAAUGGACAAUGCUACUCGAGGCAUUGAACGUCAAAUUGCCUCUUUAGAAAUGGAAGAGAAGAAAUUAGUUGCAGAGAUAAAGAAAACAGCUAAAACUGGGAAUGAGGCUGCCACUAAAAUUUUAGCUCGCCAACUGGUUCGGCUGAGGCAACAAAUAGUAACUUUACAGGGGAGUCGCGCUCAGAUCAGAGGUGUAGCAACUCACACGCAGGCGCUAUAUGCUAGCACGUCUUUAUCAACUGGAAUGAAAGGUGCAACUAAAGCAAUGUCAGCCAUGAACAAGCAAAUGGCGCCCACAAAGCAAGCCAAAGUGAUCAGACAAUUCCAGCAAGAGUCUGCACAGUUGGACAUGACGAUUGAGAUGAUGUCAGAGUCUAUAGACGAAACCUUAGAUAAAGACGAAGCCGAGGAAGAAACUGAGGAGCUAACAAACCAGGUGCUUGAUGAGAUCGGUGUGGACAUCGCCUCACAGUUAUCUUCAGCCCCAAAAGGUCGUAUUGCAUCAAAGAAAGUCGAGAAUGCUGCUCCUCCCAGUUCUCAGUCUACUGAUGUUGAGGAUCUGGAGAAAAGGUUGGCCUCUCUUAGGAGGACAUGAUUCCCUAUAUCCUCUCAAGGAUUGUUAUGCUGCCAUGCAAGAAAGCUGCUCAACUCUUCUUCUCUGUGGUGUGUAGAAUAUGAAAUUAAUGCUUUCACAAUUUGUACAACUUUAGAGGUUACAAUGUGUACUUAUAAUGCUAAUAAUAAUAAUGUGUUUAAUCUUUCUACUUCAAAACAUCCCAUUAUCGGCAUUCAAAUGGAACCCAAUCCCACCACCCCUUGUGUAAUACUACGUAUUUAGUAGAUUGUGUACCAAUUGUAAAAACAUCACUUUUCAUUUUGAUGGUGAAAGAAUAUCUACUACCGAUCUCAUCUCAAUUUUAGUUCUACGUUAUUGUUCAUCAUUGGUAUGGGCAAAUUAAUCAAUUUAUUUGUUUAUU